AUGAUUACUGAUAUAGGCAAAUAUGAAACUUUCUUUUAUCGAGAACUGAAUGGUUAUGAUCAUAUUACUCGUACAUUUAGUUCUAUUGGAAAUGAUCUUAGUCAAAUAAUAUAUGUGCAAGAAUGUGUACAACAAAAUGACUUAUCUGAAUUAUGGUUUGAUACUCUAUUAUCACAAAUAGUAUUGAUUAAGAUAUUUUUACCAAUAGCUGAUGCUAUGAGUUUUAUUGCUAGUAAAUCGAUUGUACAUGGUGAUUUAGGUUGUCGAAAUGGUCUUGUAUUUAGGUUAGAUCCAUUAGAACCAACAAUAAUUUAA